GUAAAUCUUGCGAGCCUCGAGCCGCAGCAGCUUGUUGCGUUCAAACAGAGCACACAGCAGGAACUGAUCCAUUUGCAGUCCUCCUACGAUGCGUUGGUGCUGGCACAAAACAAGUACAGAGACUGCAUUAACAGCGUGAAGCUGAUAGAGCAAAACAGCCGGGCCGAGGGCGCCAGCGGAAACGAGAUGCUUAUUCCCUUGACGUCCUCUUUGUACGUGCAGGGCCAGAACCGGGUGGACAAGUUCAAGAUCGACGUGGGCACGGGCUACUUUGUGGAGAAGGACGGCAAGGAGGCAAUUGCCUUUUUCAACAAGCGGAUCGACAAGCUCUCUGGCGACUCGCUCAAGUUGCAGCAGCUUCUUGCCGACAAGGUGGGCUUGAUGCAGAGCAUCGACACCGUGCUAAGA